AGGGGGCGGGGCCUGCUCGGGCGCCUACCUCUGAGCGCGGCUACGGCGGAAGCAGAGCAGGAACCGAUCCCAGCAGAGCGAGUCGGUGGCAGCGCCGUGGGGGCUGAGAGUUAAUAAAAGUAUCCAUGGAGAACAAUGAAAAUUCAGUGGAUUCAAAAUCCAUUAAAACUUCAGAGACAAAGAUCUUACAUGGAAGCAAAUCAAUGGACUCUGGAAUAUCCUUGGACUAUAGUUACAAAAUGGAUUAUCCUGAAAUGGGUUUAUGUAUAAUAAUUAAUAAUAAGAACUUUCAUGAAAGUACUGGGAUGGCAUGUCGGUCUGGUACAGACGUAGAUGCAGCAAACCUCUGGGAAACCUUCACGAACUUGAAAUAUGAAGUUAGGAAUAAAAAUGAUCUUACAUGUGAAGAAAUUUUGGAAUUAAUGUACAAUGUUUCUAAAGAAGAUCACAGCAAAAGGAGCAGUUUUAUUUGCGUGCUUCUAAGCCAUGGCGAGGAAGGAAAAAUUUUUGGAACAAAUGGACCUGUCGAUCUGAAAAAAUUAGCAGGUUUCUUCAGAGGGGAUUGUUGUAUAAGCCUAACUGGCAAACCUAAGCUUUUCGUUAUUCAGGCUUGCCGAGGCACAGAACUGGACUGUGGUAUUGAGACAGACAGUGGUGUUGAGGAUGACAUGGCCUGUCAGAAAAUACCAGUUGAGGCAGACUUCUUGUAUGCAUAUUCUACAGCACCUGGUUACUAUUCCUGGCGAAAUUCAAAGGACGGAUCCUGGUUCAUCCAGUCACUUUGUGCAAUGCUGAAACAGUACGCUCACAAGCUUGAGCUUAUGCAUAUUCUCACUCGGGUUAACCGAAAGGUAGCAAUAGAAUUCGAGUCCUUUUCCAAUGAUUCUACUUUUCAUGCAAAGAAACAGAUUCCUUGUAUUGUGUCUAUGCUCACAAAAGAACUGUAUUUUUAAUCACUGAAGAAAUGGAUGAUUUUUUUUUUUAAUCUGUAUGCCAAGUGAGGAAACGGUGUGACUGAUAACUAUAUUUUCCUCUCUCAUUUAAAUCUAAUCUAAUCCCCGAGGUGAUACAUGGAAAUAUGUCACUUUCAUAGCAAUAAAACUACUAUGAAGCUACCUCAAACACAAUCAGGUAGUUGAAAUUGAAUUUAAUUAAGAAUAAAUAAAAAUGGAUAAUGGUACAGUCAUUAUGAGAGGAAAUGAUUGUAAAUUAACAGCUCUCAUAAUUAGCAAGUUUUAGUGAUUAUGCUAUGCUACAAAUUUUCAAGGAAUUAUGGAAGAAUUUAAACAUUGCUGUAAUGUGUUUCAGUGAUAUUGACAAUGCUCUUGUUUCAGAGAACAUGUUCUGGUUUUUGUCAAACUAUAGACAUGAUGAUGUGGAAUAAUGUAUCCUCGAACUUGGUGGUCCAUGUGCAUGGUCAAAUGCUUGAAGACCUUGAUCUUAGAAUUAGUAUUUGGAGACAAGACAAUAGUAUUUUUACAUCACCCAUCUGAGCAUAUGGUGUUGUGAUGUCUGUCCCGAGCAUGUCCUUGUUGUUUAAAAAAAAAGAAAAAAUUAUGUUUAGUAUUGAAAAAGGAACUAAAUGUUUUACUUGAGAAUAUGCAGGAAAACUAAGUUGACUCUCUCAGGUUAAAUGCAACAUUAAUAGAGGGAGACAGAGUUAGGACUAUAAGGUGCUGAAAUGCAACUCUUCCCACCAGCUGCUGGGCCUCGCAUUCCCACAGAGUAUCUGAAGGGCUCUUAUGCAAAACCUCAAAUUUUGAUCACACUGAUAGCAGCAUGAAUUGAAGAAAUUCUAUAGGAACAUACUAAAAUACAACUUACAGAAUACACAGUGAGGUGUGAGGAAGAAACAGUAAAUCAAUCAGCUGGGCACUUUUAAUUAGAAGAUGGCUUGAGCCUGAACAGGGACACAGCGCAGCCUAUGUCAUGAAGGCAGAGCCAUAGACUACGGCUUCAGGAAAAGGAAUGCUGGCUAGUUUCUUCAUGUACAUGGAGGUGUACAUGGAGGAUGCUCCCAAGGCAAGAAGCUCCAAGAAAGUGAACCAAAUCAAACUUCUGAAAUGGAAAUUUUCAAAAGAUGGUGAGAGUCAUAAAAGUUGUAGCACUUUUUUUUUUCAAUUUUUUCAAUGACAGCUUUUAAUUGGAUGUUAAAUUCUUAUCUGCCUUUCUGCAGAUAGCACAUUAUAUAAAAUACAGCUAGCACCAUUACCACUGUACUGGAUACACUGAAUAACAAUUCACUUCUCACUUUACACCGAGGGGGAGAAGGGCUGCAGUUGUCAGCCUGUCAGAAAUUAAGUAUGUAAAUUAAUGCUUAAGUGUAUGAAUAUGAAUAUGAUUUACAAGACGCUCGGAGUGUUGUUAGGGGAAAAUCCUGAGGUCUCUCCCCUUCAACGAUAACAAGUGCUCAGUGACCUUGACAGACGGCACGCAGACAUGGGUGUGGCCACGUGUGCACUUGGCCACCAAGCUUUGGGAGCUGAAGUACUCCUGAAGAGCAAAUCCUGGACUCCUUCUGGAAUGUCCCUUUCUGCCAUCCAUGAAUGUCAGCCCAUAAAAGCAAUUUCAUUAGCAUUUCCUCAUUUUCCAAUAUAAGCGGUGAGUGUGGCCCAAUAAUAUGGGCCCUCAACCAUCCUUUGCCAAGGAUGGGAAAAAUCAUUAGCACUCUUUGUAGUAAAAUUUUUGAGCAUGUUAAGUUGUAUUUUGUUGACAUUUAUAAUCAAAGGAGAAUGAUACUGUUGUGAUCAUAUACGGUUCUCUGAAAUGAAAGGACCAUGGCAUGCAGGACGUUAGCAGUCAUUCAGUCUUCCCUCCUUUGGUGCCCAGGGAAACUGUAGGCCAGAGAGGAGAAGCAGCAUGGCCCGAGCUGGGGACAGCAGGCUAGGAGCCUCCUAGCUCAAGAGAUGUUGAGCCGUCCCUGCAUCGCUGUAUCCCGCUGCUUUUCCGUCUGACAUUUCCUGUGAGCCUUCUUUUGCUGAAAGAAAGGAACUCACAUUUAUAAAUGAAAGCUAUUUGUUUUGGCUAUGUCUGUAAUUUUUUCGAAGUCAAUGAAGUAUCUUAAAGUGUGUUCCUGUGUGACAAUUUUUUUUUUUUUUUUUUUUUUUUUUUGGCGGUACGCGGGCCUCUCAGUGUUGUGGCCUCUCCCGUUGUGGAGCACAGGCUCCGGACACGCAGGCUCAGCGGCCAUGGCUCACGGGCCCAGCCGCUCCACGGCAUGUGGGAUCCUCCCGGACCGGGGCACGAACCUGCGUCCCCUGCAUCAGCAGGCGGACUCUCAACCACUGCGCCACCAGGGAAACCCCUAUGUGACAAUUUUAUAAAAAAUUUGUUAUUAUGAAUUUUUAUUUCCAAAUAUAAAUUUUAACUUAAAAUUACCAUCA